AUGUAUCGUCUCGUCUCCAGCAUUGCUUCAAAAGCUAGAGUUGCUAGAAACGCUACGACACAGAUUGGAAGCAGACUCAGUUCCACUAGAAACUAUGCAGCAAAAGACAUAAGGUUCGGUGUUGAAGGUCGGGCUUUGAUGCUUAGAGGUGUCGAGGAGCUUGCUGAUGCUGUUCAAGUCACUAUGGGACCCAAAGGUCGUAAUGUCAUCAUUGAACAAAGCUGGGGUGCACCAAAGGUGACAAAGGACGGUGUUACUGUUGCCAAGAGCAUUGAGUUCAAGGACAGAGUCAAGAACGUUGGUGCCAGUCUUGUCAAACAGGUUGCUAACGCCACUAACGAUGUUGCUGGUGAUGGAACAACCUGUGCUACAGUUCUGACUCGAGCUAUCUUCACGGAAGGUUGUAAAUCAGUUGCUGCUGGAAUGAACGCAAUGGAUCUAAGACGUGGAAUCAAAUUGGCUGUUGAUACCGUUGUGACGAACUUGAAGAGCAGAGCACGUAUGAUUAGCACUUCUGAAGAAAUUGCUCAGGUUGGAACGAUAUCAGCUAAUGGAGAUAGGGAAAUUGGUGAACUGAUUGCAAAGGCUAUGGAAAGUGUUGGCAAAGAGGGAGUGAUCACAAUUCAAGAUGGCAAGACCUUGUUUAAUGAGCUUGAGGUUGUUGAGGGUAUGAAGAUUGACAGGGGGUACAUCUCCCCAUACUUCAUUACAAACCAGAAAAACCAAAAAUGUGAACUUGAAGAUCCUCUCAUUCUCAUCCACGAGAAGAAAAUCUCCAAUUUAAAUUCUAUUGUGAAAGUCUUAGAACUGGCUCUCAAGAAGCAAAGGCCGUUGUUGAUCGUUGCGGAGGAUUUGGAUAGCGAGGCUCUUGCCGUGCUAAUUCUAAACAAACUUCGUGCUGGAAUCAAGGUCUGUGCUGUGAAGGCCCCUGGUUUUGGAGAAAACCGAAAGGCCAAUUUACAGGAUCUUGCUAUCCUCACCGGAGCCCAGGUAAUUACAGAAGAGUUGGGGAUGAAUCUUGAGAAAGUCGACAUCAGUGUGUUUGGAAACUGCAAAAAGAUAACUGUAUCCAAAGACGACACUGUUUUCCUUGAUGGUGCUGGUGACAAGAAAUCAAUUGGGGAACGAUGUGAACAGAUACGAUCCAUGGUUGAAGCGAGCGAGUCUGACUAUGACAAGGAGAAGUUACAAGAAAGGUUGGCUAAGCUUUCUGGUGGUGUUGCUGUACUAAAGAUUGGAGGAGCUAGUGAGUCAGAAGUUGGCGAAAAGAAAGAUAGAGUAACCGAUGCUCUAAAUGCCACCAAAGCAGCUGUAGAAGAGGGUAUUGUUCCAGGCGGUGGUGUUGCUCUUUUGUACGCGUCAAAAGAGCUUGAGAACCUUUCCACAGCUAACUUUGAUCAGAAAAUCGGUGUCCAAAUCAUCCAAAACGCUCUCAAGACACCCGUUUACACGAUUGCAUCCAACGCUGGAGUCGAGGGUGCAGUCAUCGUAGGCAAGCUUUUGGAAUCAGAUGAUCCUGACCUCGGUUAUGACGCUGCUAAAGGAGAAUACGUUGAUAUGGUAAAGGCAGGUAUUAUCGACCCUGUGAAAGUGAUCAGAACCGCAUUGGUUGAUGCUGCAAGUGUCGCGUCUUUGUUGACAACGACGGAAGCAGUUGUGACGGAUAUUCCAACUAAAGAGGAUGCGUCUCCGGCUAUGGGCGGUGGUGGUGGCAUGGGUGGUAUGGGAGGAAUGGGCGGUAUGGGAGGAAUGGGUUUCUGAUGAGAGAGCACCAUACAUGCUAGCUUAGGUUACUUUGGAAACUGUUGUGAGAUCAUACGGUUGCUUCAUCCACGAGCCAAAAGUGGAUCCUUUGAUUGCAAGAGAGAGAGAGACCUUAAGAUUUUUUCAUGAUUUCUUGAUUCCUCGUUAACAAUCAAAUUUAUAAAAUAAAAUAAAAUUUUAAACUAAGUGUUUGAUCAUAGAUUCAUAUUGAUUGUGGUCAUAAACUCAUAGUAGUUUUUUGUUCGGUCAACAUGUCACCUCCAAGAAUAUCUGUAGUGUAACCAAACACAAGUCGAUAUAAUGGAAGAAGGUUACGUUACUACGCUCGAUGAAACAUUCUCACUGGUCUUUGCUUUGGAAGCUAUCUUUACCACGAAACAAGUUGUGGUGUGCUGUUGCUCCGUAAGAGAAUGUUGAGGAUAUCCUCGUACUUACUUCCAAAAUUAUAUUUCUCUUGAUUAAGGAAGCAUUUGUGGUUG